AUGUCCAUUGUCCGCCCUAGUCAAAUCCCAGAAACUCUGGAUGACUGUUCUAGCCCCCAGAAAUUAAGGGCACAUACUUGGGAAAGGGCUCUUGAGAUUCUGGCAAAUGGCAAAACUGUCCUACCGAAGGUUAUGCAAGACCUUGGAGUCAAGGACAUGAGUGUUUUCAAACAUUGGCUUGAACAAGAGAAAAUUUACCUUAAGGGUCUGGCACGAGAGCCCAAAGAAGAGACACUUCAGAUGGAAUACUGGCAGUCAUUAGUGAAUCUCAGUGCAAGCGGUGUCACUCUUGAUGCAGCAAUGAACAUGUUCAGAAUACCUUCUCAGCCUAACAAUCUACCAUAUGAUGCAGAUACUGGAAGUACAUACGAAAUUGAGAGCAUGCAGCGCCAUGCUCUCGAGAAUGUUCAAGGCUGGUUCAACUUACGCCAUAUGAAGCGGCUUCAUGAUAUCUCACAGCUCCCUGGUUUCACUGGUACACUCAUCCCUGGUCUAAGUGCUUGCACCAGUGUCAGAGAGAGUGCUAGCGUGCCAGAUCCUUGGAUUCCUGCCAAUAUGUUUGCUGCUAAUACACCUGUACACAGGCCACCAUCUUCUGUAGGCACAGAUACUCAAGAGGACCUAGAUGAAGAGGAGGUGGCAGAGGAGGUGGCAGAGGAAGCCUUGAGGAGUUUGCAGCAUAUCAUCCUCAUCACUGAUGACUUCUUGCAGCUUCAGGUUCUUGAUGAUGGUGAGGUGGAGGAAUAG